ACGAGGUUGCCACUCGGGUAUCGCGAUAGCUCCUUCAGCACAGCACUUUCAUCAUGGCAGGCAGUAAGUUGGUGCUAGAAGGAAGAGUAAGUAUAAAGGCAUUUAUUUUAGGGCUCAGCGUGGUGGUAAUCCCAUUGAUCAGAACGUGUUUUGGACAUCUUGACUGGGUGUUUGAUUAUCUGACGGAAACCUCCGGGAAAAUAGUGAUUUGUAUCCACAUUUCAGUUAUCAACGGCCUCUUGCUAAUCGUAUACAGAGGACCUCUAUACAAGGUUGCUGUGAGAGCCUGCUUUCUGGGAGUUAUUUUUGGCUGUGGCUUAAUAAUAAGCUUCUCCGAAACCACUUGGACACAUUUUGGCUGGUACAUGUGCUCCUUGUCUUUCUUCCAUUACUCUGAGUACCUGGUGACGGCCAUGAUCAACCCUCACAGCCUGUCACUGGACUCAUUCCUGCUCAACCACAGUGUGGAAUACACCCUGGCUGCAUUCUCAUCAUGGGUAGAGUUCACUGUGGAGAAGCUGACCGUUCCAGAGCUGAAGCAGCAGAACUGGUUGAGCAUUGUGGGUCUGCUCCUGGUGCUUUGUGGUGAGGGCCUGCGUAAGGCGGCCAUGUUGACAGCCGGCUCCAACUUCAACCACAUUGUCCAGAAUGAGAAGGCCCACAGCCACGUGCUGGUCACCAGCGGGGUCUAUUCCUACUUCAGACACCCCUCCUAUGUGGGCUGGUUUUACUGGAGCACAGGAACACAGGUCAUGCUGUGUAACCCGGUGUGUAUAUUGGGCUACACGAUAGCCAGCUGGCGGUUCUUCCGGGAGCGGAUCGAGGAGGAGGAGCUCUCCCUCAUCCAUUUCUUUACUGAGGACUAUGUGGAGUACAAGAAGAAGGUUCCAACCGGGCUGCCCUUUAUCUCAGGCAUCCAUGUCAACUAGUCCCAGGAGCUGGAUGCUGGACGUAACAGACUUAAAGCACUAAGACACGUCAGACCUGGUGGGUGUGGGCGUCUACCAUGGCGGCUGCCCUCCAGAAGGAAACCCUGCAGCUGGCUGAGAGCCUUAGCUCACAGACAGAUCGUCACAGCUGGGAUGCGGCAGGCAGCUGGGCUGCUGUUUUCUACCAACUUCCAAAAUCCAGUUAAAGACCAGACAACCUCCACUGUACUACAUGUAUUCCAAUAACACUCACUCCAUCUGUUUCAGUGGUGUUUCUGUUUGUAUGCUUUGACCAUGCUUGUGUUGAAGAAAGAUACUGCACUAGGUUCUUUAGUAUCAUAUAGCGUGAAAUCACCAUUCUCAAGUUUUAAUGGCAAAUGUUUCAGAGACGUUUCACAGGAAAUCCACCAAAUAUUUUCAAGAAGUUGCCACCACUGUCCUUAGUUUAUUAUUUCACAGUCUCUGUUCACUGUUUUAUAUUUUAAACUUAAGAAAAGCUUAAAGAAUUUAGAUGUCAGUCAGUCACUCUUCACAGAUCCAUUCUGUCUACUAUUAGGCCUGAUGGGGCCUGAUGACACUGGGUCGUGUCCUCAGGUCUGGUAGGGUCCUGUUGUUCUGCUGCAGGUCUCAGUUCUGUGUGUAUUAUCAUUGAGGCCGAUGGAGAGAUGAUGCAGGAUGAACUGCAUGCGUGUGUCCUUGGGGAUAUUGUAAUGAAUUUUAAUAUGGAGGAUGGAACCUGCCGAAUGAGAAAAUUAAUGAUUUGGUAAAUAAAGUAAUAUGCCAUUAAAUGCACCACAAAUAAUAUUAAAGCCUGUUCUCUCUGCCGUACGACUCGUGCAGAGCACCCAGUGGUCUGGCAUGUGCCACCAAUCUGGGCUCCGACUGAGUCCGAUGUCAAGGUGCCGCUGUGAACGCUAACAAACGAGCUCAACCUUGUGAAGGAGACCUGUACAGGUCCGAGAAGGCAAGGGCGAAAGUUCUGAGGGGGCUGAAGACUAGAGUUGAUAUAUGCACUGAUGUCAUCUACCAAUAGGUGAAAGGUGGACCCCUUGACAUACUUUGAAUGACAGCCCCCCCCCCCCCCCCCCCCCCCCCCCUCAUUUGCAUAAUGAAGUAGAAAUGUAUAAAGAAAAAAACAAAUAUAUUAGUUUCGGGAACUAAAUGGAUGACUUCAAUUAUUAAUUAUGAAAAAUGCAUUUAAAGUUGAUAAAAAUAAAUAAAACAAAGUACAUUAAAGCAUAUCAAUUCAUGUCACAUCAAUUAAUUAAUGCCAACCGUCGUUUUUGGUGCAUUUAAUUGCAGUUAUUUAUUUUUAUUUUGGCAAGUUCCGCCCUCCAUGU